AUGAAGCUUGAUUUCUUUCCUCGUAAAAGUGAGCUUGGUUUUCUUUGAAAGUGGUGAUUACCGUCAAUGUUUUCUCUUUUAUUUACUAAUUGUGUACAAGUUAGCUUCUAAUAGUCUUCUAUCGCUCGAUAGUAUUAUUUUUAAUGGAUGUCAAGAUGUUUCCAUUGUAGUCGAGUAGAAAUCCGUGCACAAAAUGAACGACGGAGACUGGAUUUGUAGCGACGCAAACUGCGGAAAUAUCAAUUUUGCGCGUCGAGUGUCAUGUUAUCGAUGUAAUAAAGAGAGACCUGAUGGUGGAAAGUCUUUCAAAAAGAAACUUGGGACUGAGAUCGGAAAGUCUGCAGCAGAAAAGUCCCGUGGACUCUUCAACGCAGAUGAUUGGCAAUGCAACAAAUGUGCAAACGUGAAUUGGGCCCGGCGCCAUACAUGUAACGUGUGUAAUGCACCGAAAUUCGGUGAAGUGGAAGCUCGUACUGGCUACGGCGGAGGCUACAAUGAGCGUGGGGUGGUGGAGUACCGCCGGCGGGACACAUCCUCGGAUGAUGAUAUUGACGAGUUUGGCAGGAGGAAACGCAAACGCAAGAGUGAACCACAAAAUAAGGUUGGCAUCACUGAAGGAGCAGCAUUCAAAGAGUUGCAAGGAACAAUGCUGCAGAAGCAAUCAAAACUGGAUCAUAUUCCAGGGCCUGCACCAAAAAUGUCACAGUCAAAAUAUAGUGAAAAUGAGAAAAUAAAAGGCAGCCUCAGUGAUGGCUCUGUGUGCGAGGUUCCCCCUCUCUCUAAAAUGGCAUUUAGAAGGCAUCAACUCCCAAACCAAUCCACUUAUCAUAGACAAGAUCACUCCUCACCUGCUUACAAACCAAAUAAUGUUCAAUCCCGUAAAAGGUAUUCCAGCAUUGGAGAUAAGGAUCACACAGGUUCAUCUGGUUAUGAAACUGCAUCAAAGAAGAGCAAACGCGACAGUACUAAUUCCCCAGUCAAAGGAUUCCCUGUCAUGGAAAAUAUGGUCUCUUCAACCAACAAUGACAAAUUCCCUGGAACAACAAAUAGUUAUCAACUCACAUACACUUUGGAAGAAAGGGUCAGAGCAGCAGCUUUUGCUAUAGUUUACAGCAACUGUAAAAUUACAACUGAAAAAUUUGAAUGGCUGUAUGACAAGCCGGCGCCAGAUUUCAAAACUAUCUUUUCCUGGAGGCAGCGACUGCUGUCAACUGGAUGUCUUGUUGAUGGUCAUGUAGAUGCGAAACCAAAUGAUGACAAAAAAUCUCCAGCCCAGCAAAAAAAGCAGAUUGUUCCUAGAAUACCAAAUCCUGAUGAGAUUGCUAUUUUAUCCAGUGACAGUGAAGAUGAAUCUAGAAAAGAUCAAAUGCAAACUAAGCUCUCUGCACGUCAGAGAAGUGUGAGUGCUGAAACUUUAUUUAUUGGAAGUAAUGAGCAAGAAACACAUGCUGCUGGAAGUUCAAUCAGUACUAAUGAUGAUAGGCGUUCCAGAGGCAGAAGCCGAUCUGAGUCUUCACACGGGAGAUCACAUUCCAGUUCAUCAGACAGUCAGGAUUCCAACUACCCAGAUACAGAUUCUGAAAAAGUUGCUAAAUCAAACACUUCUAAAACUGUGGUAAAUGACAAAAAGUCGACAUCAACUAGACCAUCAGUGCGGGAUUCAGACUCUGAUUCAAUUUCUUACGACAGUGAAGAUGAAAAUUUCUUGUCAAGGGUGUAUGGGGAAAACAAAAAAUCCAGACGUAAAUUGAAAAAACGUAAUGUGCCACCAACAGUUGCCACAAAACCUCUAAAUACACAAAUUCAAUAUUUGUCCGAGUCACCAGUCCGACCAGUAAAUAAUAAUAAUCCCCCUUUUCAAGGCUAUAGUACUGCCAAACCAACAGUGCAGCAGUCUCCAUUGGUGACUGGAAAUAUAUACACUUGUAAUUUGCGCAACAUGAAUGUCAGGAAUAAUGACAAUCCCAUUGACACAGAUGGAUGUUCAAGUGAAUAUAUUCCAACAAAACUGGGGUCAACUACUAAAAAUUAUCAGCAAUUUAAAGACAAUGUUAGAAAGAAGGGUUAUUGGGCGAAAGGAAAUGGAGCAGCUUUUCGGAACACUAUUCACAUAUCCAAUGAACCGAUAACCCGGCCUGCUAAUCGAACUUUACCUAAUAAUACUACUUACUCUUUUAAUACACAAGGCGUCCAACGUACCAAUGGGACUAAAAUACCUGAAAGUAAACCAAUUGAAGACAUGUAUUCUGUUAAGAAAUCUCAAUCUUUCCACAUAAUCAAUGAUCCAAUAACACGAUUCAAUAAAAAACCACCUAAAGAAGUAUACCCCCCAAUUAAAUCUGAUUAUGUUUCCAAUGCUAAAACUAACAGAUCUCUAGAUUUUACUAUGAAAAAUGUACAAAACAUAGAAAUUGAUGAUCAAUUUUUGCCAUUUGAUAAGCCUGCACAAUCAACACCUAAUAUAAGUGUUACAGAAAAUACAUCACGCAUAUUUGACGUUGUGCAAUCGAAUCCGUCUUCUAAAAAUCGAAGUAUUAUGGAUAUUUUCAACAUGAAUGAUAAAGCCAAUGAAAGUCCAGAGCAAAAUAAUGAUCUCGAAAAAUAUGAUAGUGUUCACAAGAUGUACGAGACAACGUGGGACGAAGAUGAUGACGCUCUCUAUAAAAAUGAUAGUAUGGAUGAAUCAACACAAGAUAAACAAAACCGUUCACCUAGUAUUAGGAAUCCAAGUCCUAUUUCCAAUAUGCUGUAUGCAACAGACGAAAGUUUAUCACUUCAAAAUACACCUAAAAAGAAAUUACCGGAAAUUAUUGAAAGUAAACGCGAUAUGUUACUAGAUCUUUUAAAUAAUUAUCCAAAAAUCCAGGAUAAAGAUCAAACUGCAAUAGUACAACAUCAGCCGAUAUUGCAAGAACCACAAGCUAUACCAGCAGAACUAUCCAAUGAAAUACUAUCUUUGUCAGAGACAAAUGUUAGCAAUGUCCCAUUGCCUCCAGAAAAGAUGUCCAAAAAUACAGUGAUUCCAUCAAAACAAAUACAGAUUAUUGAAUCAAUCACUAUUCCGCCUAACUCCAAUGUAAAUUGGCCAAAUUCUUAUGAUCUCAAACAAACUAAUAAUCAAUGUGAUAAAGUUGAACAUUCAUCAAAUCAAAAUAAAAUUAAUAAUGUGUCUGAAGAGUUGAAGAAUACAGAGAUUGAGAUAUCAGCACAAGAACCGUCUCAGCCUCAGCCUCAGCCUAUGGCUAAUUUAGAUCUGUCCAAUCUUCUAACUGGAAUCAAUACCAACACUCUUUUGUUGGCUCUUCAAAAUUUACAGCAAAUCAACCAAAACACUUCAAAUGAAAAUUUUGCUGAUAACAACCAAGGUGAUCCUGAUGAUAACAAUGAAAAUGAUGAUGUACAACAUGUGGAAACUAUUAACCUAACAAAUGAUGAGGAAUGGGAGAAAGAAUCUAAUUGUGAAGGUAGCAUAGAGAGGGAACUACAGAAAUUAGAUGGCAAUACUGGUGAUACUCCUUUUUUAAGUGACAUUUUUGAUCCUGGACCAGUUGUCAUGCCUAGUAAUGUUUCUAAAAAAUUUAAUAUAAAUCUCAUCAGUGCUGAAGAUAAUAAGUCUGAUGCACAAAAACUUCAUUUAAAUGAAAAUGCGCCCGUGAUCGGCAACUUCAAAAGCUUCGCUUUACCCAAGCCAAUAAUGUUGAAUCGAUUGAAAUUAACGGUGAAACCUCCUGAAAAGGUCAAAAAGAGUUCUGGAAAGAAAUCCAAACGCAAGAAGAAGAGCAAACCUUCAGCGUCGCAGGGAGAGGAGGAAGGCGUAGAGGAUGAGGAGGAAGAAUCGGGAGACGAGGCCGACCUUUCUAAGUACGAGCUGUGGGAAAGCGAUGAGGAAAAGGGGAACUCCUCAAAAGCGGGUGGAGCAGAAAAUGCCGAAAAGUCCAAAGAAGGUGAAAGUUCGAAGGAAGGACAAGAUAAAGGAGACAAUAAUGGUAAAACUGCUUCCCCUGUCAAAAAGAACAGUAAAAGAAGGUCGCGAAGCUCGUCUUCAUCGUCCAGCUCCUCAUCAAGCUCCAGUUCUAGUCACAGCUCAACGCAAGGGCCUAAAAACAAAUUCGACGACUUUAAUCUGAACAGUGAGCGCGAGACUUCGCCCAAGGGCCGCAAGUCGCGCUCCCGGUCCCGAUCGCCGCGGCCCAAGCCCACCAGUGCGCCCGCGCGCCGCAAAUCCCGGGACAGCCGGUCUGCGGGAGAAUCUAGAAGCCACGACAAAGAGUGGAACCGUGAUCGCGAGCGUCGGGACAGGCCGCGUGGCAACCGCGACGAACGCAAGGAGCGCCGCUACAGCCGAGACGGAGGCAACCAUUACGGAGCCCGCGGGCGCCACCGCUAAACAAUCGGUAGGACUAAGUAGUAAGACGGCGCAGACGCAAUGUAGGGCCAAAACGUCAAGCAAAUAACGCGCGAAUGGCGUGUGAGUAAGGUGCAUAAAUUAUUCGACUCGAGCAGUAAUUUAUUUUAUUGGUAUACUGACCAUAAUUUGCUUAUUAAUUCUCGACUCUUCAGUGAUGUGUCGUUAGCAUCUUAGCUUACCUGUUGCCUUUACCUAAUAUUAAACCUUAUCAACUUGUCUUAAGGGCAAAAAAUAUAAACGUGCAAAUCCUUGUAAAUAAUUAAGUUGCAAUAGUUGUACCUAUAACCUGCGCACAAGCAAAUAGGGUGAAAUAAAGCUGCUUAAUCAAUCUGAACAUCACUACAUGAUAUGCCGUUCUGACUACAGAAUAAUUUAAGAAAGGAUUAUUGUAGUUUGAAGAAAUGACACCUGCCUGUGUAUAAGAAAACAGGGAUAUUUUAUGAAGUUAAUUUUAAAAAUAAAUGUGGUUUAACGAUUAUAAUAGGUAUAAAAACUAUUUUCAUUGCAGCAACCUAUGAAAGAUCUUAUUUCUCAAAACAAUAUUGUAGUAACUGUGAAUAAGAUAUUUUGUUAAAGAUUUCUUCUUUUUUUUGUUAUAUAAAAUACUGUUUAAGGAUUCUUGUAGGAUUUCAAUGUAACUGGAAUGAUGAACGUAAAGUUUAAUUAGUGUAAGAUUUGAGUUCAAGGUCAAUUUCUUAUUCGAGUCAUUGCAUAUGGUUCCUGCUUCUUGCUGUAACGAUGCUAUCUUUAAUGUGUUGCGGUAUGUGAUAUGGUUUAUUGUUAAGUUAAAAUUUAUUUACUUACGUUGACCUUGAAUAUAAAUCAAGCUUUUUGUAUUUUGUACAUAAUUCUAUAAUAAAUAUGUAUAUGUGUAUAGUUCUGACGUUGGUGCGGUGUAGAGUUAAAAACAAAUGACAGCGUAACAGUCAGACUAUUGAUCUUACAAACUAUUCAAAUACAUAAUUUGGUUGGAAAUGAGAUGGAAUGAUCGCUCUCACUCGCUCUUGUUGUAUAAAAAAGAGCGAAAGAGGCAUCUCGCCGGGAACUAUUUUCUACUCAGUCUUCAUUUCUACGGCUUUUAAUUCUAAUAUUUUGCCCAUCGUUAUGGUAUUGUGUAAAGUACAGACACAAAGUAGGUAGGUACUUGCAUUUAUUUUAAUUAUUUUUUUAAUAAUCAAAAUUUUGUUAUUUUGUCUAACGGCGAACUCAAAAAUGCUUUUUUGUAGUUAAGCUGAUGUAUCCCAUUCUGUCAAAUCUUGAAAUGUAAUAGUGUUUUCUUGCAUCACUUUUUUACAGUUAUGGAUUGACAUAAACGCAAAUACCAAUUGACAAAUCAUUUUUGUGAUAGGCAUAUAGGUAUUCU